UCUCUCUCUCUCUCUCUCUCUCUGCUUCACUGUUCUUUCUUCUCAAGAUCGAAACUUUGGCUCUCUCUCUCUCUCUGUCUCUGUGCGUGCUUCUCCUUCUAUGAUUCGCGAUGGUGACCAGGAAAGACGCUUCUGAAGCCUCAUCGGACCGCCGGAAGUGGCGGAAGGUCUUCAACGCGCUCGUGGAGAUGCUAGGGGCGCAGCAGGCGCAGCUCGUGACUCUCGUCAAGGAGAGGAAGCUCCUGGAGGAUCGCAUCAGGAUGCAGCACAGACGUUGGGACUCCGACGUUCGUUUUCUCAAGGACCGAAUCUCUCAGAUGAAGGGGGCUUUGAAGGUGCAAGACAUGGCGCACUUUCUCGGGUCGACAAAGUUGGAUUUCGCUUUAGGGUUGAAGCAAAGGGAGGCCCUUUUGUACAAAUUGAAGUUAGAACAAGCAGAUGAUGAGUUGGCUGAUUUUAGAGGGUGCCUCGAUAUUAUUCCACGGAAAUGCUCUGAACUUGAGGAGAGUGCUCAAUUAAAUAACUCUGCAGAAACCAGAAAAACGAGGAGAGGACUCAGAAGUAGCGAUAGGAAGUCUGCUAAAGAUGCCAAGGAAGUGCAAGAGGAGCGCACGCACUCGCUGGAGGAAGAAAUGAAAAAGUUGAGGCUUGAGUAUGAUAAGCUCCUUUCAGAAAAGAAUUCUGAAGCAUCGGCAUUAUUGGCAGAGAAGAAGUUUGUGUGGCAUCAGUAUAACAUAUUGGAAACUGACUUGAAUGAUAAGUUAAAGAGCAAAGGGGCUGAACUCGAUCUUGCAAAUCAGAAAAUAUCGAGACUCUUUACCAGUAUGGAGAAGCUUGAAAUGAUGAACGGUGAGAAGGAUAAUACUAUCACUGAGUUAAAGAAUAAAAUAGAUGAAAUGGAAGCCAUCUUGGGUAAACGAAAUGAAGAAAUAGCCAGGCUUGCCCAUGAAUCAGAAGUACUGAAGAAGAGCAUUGUGACACCUGUAUUGAGUCGCUGCACGUCAGGAACUAGAACCUCCAAAACAGAGGGAAAAAAUAGUGUUGCUCAUAAACGCUCUGUCGUUGUGAAGAAAGAAACGGGGCAUCCACAAGUCUCUGAUUCUCUAAAAGAUUCCGAAAAGGGAACCGGAAGGUCGAAAAGAAAGGCCAUUGCUAUUGAUACUCCCAAGCUGUUCUCGUCCUCGUUUAAAGUACCCAAAUUGAAGGCCUCAGCUGUGAGAUGACGCACGACGCAUUCCCUUACUCUUAGGUAGGUUGAACUAGAGACGUUAUUGUCUGUACUUAUUUGUCUAACGCACGACGUUCUGGCCGCAGUGUAUUUUAUCACUAUUUUUCUGGAAGUCAAUUCAAUUGACCCUUUAUAGGUUUGGAGAAGCGUUGUGACCUUCCGAGUGAAUAUGCUUUGUAUAUGAGUCUUCAUGUUGAGUUCUUGUGCAACUGUGGACGACAUGAAAGAAGAGAGUCGACUUUUUUUGUCAUUUUCUUGUAAAUUUGUGCGUUUGCUCGCCCAAUGUGUCUAAAGAAUAGAUGCUCUGUGAUCUUCGCGAUGAAGAUAUUCAUGAUUGUAAUGCAAGAGUUCACUAUAGCUUUUUUACCAUCACCCACUAUAGCUCCUUUAAAAAGGCAUGGUAUGCCUAUGAAUUCUUUGUGAUGUAUAUCUACUUCAUGUGAAUGUUACUAUCCAAGUUGUUAUAA